AUGGACUCGGACGAGAUUGUCCCUGAAAAUACGCAGAUAGAAGUGGAGGACUUGGAUGAGAAGUGGGUCACUGUCCUCUUGCUCGUCCCUCGAAAUGUCCACAUCACACUAAAUCAAUUGAUCAGAUAUCCGAAUCGUCCCCACAACCGUGGUCCAACGCUGCCAUUUCAUGACUUGUAUUUGAAUCUUUUUGAUCCGCUCAGUGAAAUUAGAAAGAAGCCCAAAGGCGGGUCAAGUCUAGCCAGAAGGAAGGCUGGACCAAAUGGCAAAAGUGCGGCGAGUUUGAAUCCCUACGAGCUUCGGCGUGAUAUCAUUGCUCGUUUUAUUUCGAGAUGGCGAAAGGAAGUCGGCGACGACAUUUAUCCUGCUUUCAGACUGAUUCUUCCUGACAAGGACAGAGACAGACCUAUGUAUGGCAUCAAAGAGAAGGUCAUUGGAAAGAUGCUUGUCAAAAUAAUGAAGAUCAACAAGGAAUCCGAAGACGCCUCGAAUCUUCUCAAUUGGAAGCUCCCAGGGGUGUCUGCAGCUCGAAUGGCAGGUGAUUUUGCCGGGCGUUGUCAUGAUGUUCUAUCUAAAAGACCAAUGCGAACAGAACCUGGCGACUUGUCAAUCGAAGAUGUGAACAAGAAGUUGGAUGAGCUGUCAGCGGCGUCCAAAGAGGAUCAACAAAUUCAUAUCCUGUCAGAUUUCUAUCGGCAUAUGAAUCCAGAUGAGCUAACAUGGCUUAUUCGCAUCAUUCUUCGCCAAAUGAAGGUCGGUGCAACAGAGCGAACUCUGUUCCACGUCUGGCAUCCCGAUGCCGAGAAUCUCUAUAGCAUUUCGAGUAGCUUACGCCGAGUUUGCUGGGAACUUCAUGACCCCAAUAUCCGACUUGACGCAGAAGAUCGUGGGAUUGGACUCAUGCAAUGCUUCCAGCCUCAACUGGCACAGUUCCAGAUGCAGUCCUUUGACAAAAUGGUCUCGCGAAUGCGCUCGACUGAAGAUGAUCCUGUUUUUUGGAUUGAAGAAAAAAUGGAUGGCGAGCGUAUGCAACUUCACAUGGCUUCUGACAGCACGAUUCCUGGGGGCCGAAGAUUCCGUUUCUGGUCACGCAAGGCCAAGGAAUACACCUAUCUCUAUGGAAAUGGUGUGUACGACGACAAGGGAGCUUUGACACGGCAUCUGGAUCAGGCUUUUGCAGAGGGUGUACAGAGUCUCAUUCUCGAUGGCGAGAUGGUGACCUGGGAUCCGAAACAAGACGCUCCGGUCCCAUUUGGUACCUUGAAGACUGCUGCUUUAGCAGAACAGCGCAAUCCGUUUUCUGAUGGGCCCCGGCCACUCUUUCGAGUAUUUGACAUUCUCUACCUGAAUGGCGCCGAUCUCACAAAGUAUACACUUCGCGACCGCCGCAAGGCCCUGGAAAGGGCAAUCAAGCCGAUUCAUCGUCGUUUCGAAAUUCUUGAAUAUCACGAGGCCACCAACGUUGCCGACAUUGAAAAAUGUUUACGAACUGUCGUCGCCGAAGCAUCGGAAGGAUUAGUGUUGAAGAAUCCGCGGUCGCCUUAUCGACUGAAUGAGCGGCACGAUGACUGGAUGAAGGUGAAGCCAGAGUACAUGACUGAGUUUGGCGAGUCCCUCGAUCUCAUCGUAAUUGGAGGAUACUACGGAUCUGGGCAUCGGGGAGGUAACCUGGCAAGUUUCCUCUGCGGACUGCGUGUCGAUGACCAACACGCCUCGCAAGGAACCGAUCCGAUGAAGUGCUGGUCAUUUUGUAAAGUCGGAGGCGGUUUCACUGCGGCCGACUAUCAAGAAAUUCGUCAUCACACGGAUGGCAAAUGGCAUGAGUGGGAUGCUAAGAAACCGCCGGCAGGGUUGAUCGAACUUGCAGGAGGAGAGGCUCAACACGAGAGGCCGGACGCAUGGAUCAGACCAUCGGACUCAGUGGUUCUCUGUGUGAAGGCGGCUUCUGUGUCUGUCAGUGACCAGUUUCGCCUGGGGUUGACACUGCGAUUUCCCCGGUUCAAGAAGCUGCGCAAAGACAAGAACUGGAAAAGCGCUCUGUCGAUUCAAGAGUUCUUGGACCUCAAGUCAAAUGCCGAGCAGGAGCAUCGUCAAAAGGAAUUUUCUGUUGACAACUCCCGAAAACAAAAGCGAGUCAAGAGGACUGCGAAUAAGCCCCUUACUAUUGCUGGGUAUGAUGAACAUGCAGAGGCGCAAUAUUCUGGACCCUCAGGACAUAUCUUCGAUCACUUGAAUUUCUUUGUCAUGACGGAGUCAAUCACACCGGAGAAAAAGACCAAGGUCGAGCUUGAACAGUUGAUCAAAGCCAACGGAGGCAAGAUCUUUCAAACCAACACUGCUGCAGAAGACACAAUCUGCGUAGCUGACCGUAGGACCAUCAAGGUCGCGUCGAUACAAAAGAGCGGACAAGCCAACAUUAUACGACCUUCGUGGUUGAUUGACUGCAUCCAGCAGAACGAGAAAGACGCCGGUCUGCCGGAUUUGCUGUUGCCAUUUGAACCGAGACAUCUGUUCUUUGGUUUGGAGGGCUAUGAAGAGGAGAUCAAAUCGAAUAUUGAUCGGUUUUCAGACAGUUACGCUCGGGACAUUACGGUUGAUGAGUUGAAAGAGAUCAUGAAUCGCAUGCCUGUUUCUGAUGACCCAACUCAACGCCCCCCGAGUUACCAAGCCGCCCACAAGAUUGAAGCUCACAUACAAGGCAAGAUUGAUACUGGCUAUGCGGUCCCUCGUGGAUGGUUAUUCCGUGACCUGAAAUUCUUUUUUCCCGCAAAGCAAGCGAAUAAAGUAUCUGGUGAAACGGAUCCAAACGAUUUGCCAUAUACCGCUGGGGCCGAUGAUGUUCGUGUUGUCUCGGCUUGCAAUACCGCUCUGUUUGGAGGAGCGUCCAUAGUCGCUUCACUGAAUGCCGGCACUGCCACCCAUGUGCUUAUCAAUACAGCACAGACAUCCUCGGCCGACAUCAGGGCUCUGCGCCAAUCCAUCAGUACUCGAUCUGGGCCGAAAAUCCCCCAUCUUGUCAGUCUGGAUUGGCUGGAAGAGAGCUGGAAGCAUGGAACACUAUUGGAUGAAGAA